CAUUAAUUAUCACAUGUUAUGAGCUUUAAUUUUUAAUUGUCUAUCGUUGCCUUUUGUGAGAUUGAUCACAACCUUUUCAUCUAUUAUCUAUAUAUUAGUUGUCCUUAACAAUUAAUACAUGUUUACUUACAGGGAAUAUGAAUUAGAACCAUUUUGAUUCUUGAGUUUUAUGUGUUUACUAAAGUAUGGGAAUUAUUUCACUUCUCAACUGUUUCUAUGUAUUUAUUAACACAGAUAAACAUAUAAAAAGUUUGAAUUUCUCCUUAAAUUUGUAAUCAAAAUUUAAAAAUCAGGAAUCAAAUCAAUUAGGAGGAUCUGGUUGCUCCAGAUUCCAUUUCCUUCAUCUUCCCUAUUUCUAUGUUUUUCGGUUACUUCCACGUAUUUGUCCUUAAAAUUUGUAAUCAAAAUUUAAAUAACCUUGUUUUUUUAUAAGUGAUAUAGAAUAAUCUACACUUAACCAUUUAAACUCCGGAAAGGGAGAUUCAAACACGAAAUCUCGAAUGAAUAAACGAAUGUUCUUAACCAAUUGAAUUACAAAUCACUUACAAAUAAACUUGUAUUAAAAGUAAUUAAAUGUGGAUUAAUAGAUUGCGUACACUUUGAGCCGCUCUAAUUAGUGGAAACGUAUUGUACUUCUACAAAUCAACCGUAAUCAAAUUUUGAACCAAUGACAAUUGUUGGUCAUUACGUAGUCUUUCAUACGUAUACACAAAUGAUGCCAUAUCUGCAACACGAGUCCUUUUUUUUUCUUUUCUUUUUUAAAAUUUAUUACUGUACUUUGGCAAGAAAAUAUUUCAAUUCCUAUAUAAAAUGAUUUACGUAUAGUUCAAGUUCCUUCCUUUGAAAUCACAACAGCAGAGACCUAAUUAAAGUCAGAUUUUUUGUGCUGAUGAAGUUUCCACGAUGUCUCUCUUACUCCAAUAUUUUUUAAUAGUUUUUUAAGUAUAACUUCUCUUCAACCCUCAAAUCCUAUUUUUGGUGAUUCGAUCAAAACAUUUGUUCCCUCCUUGCUUAACAAUGUGGGGAUGAAUAUAUUCCUUCAAAAAUUUAUAAUUUGGAUAAUUUACCUGGAAAUUUCCAGGUUGUUCAGCCAUACAACUUAUAUAAGUCUUCGGUCUUUGUCGAUUUUUAGUUCAUGAGUUGACUUGGCUCAUUUCACCAGUUGAGCUGCUGUAUUUUACAAGUUGAAACAAAAUAUUUAAAUUGCCCAAAACACACUUUCCUUGUUAAAGCCACGAAAAUGACAUGCAAAAGUCCCAAAAGAUUUCGUCAACCCUAACCUCUUUCUUAAGCUCUUUUGAUUGUAAUUUCUCCAAAACCAUUUGGGUUGAUUUGGGAAACUUACUUUGUUAUUUCCUCCGGCCGGCAACCACACACUUUCUUGUCGCCGUCUUCGGGAGAAGGUUUUCCUAUAAAACUAAGCACACAUGAAUAUUAGAGCAAUGAUGAAGCGGACCCAUGAGGCGUUUGUUCUUCUGUUUCUGGCCUUACUCUCCAAGGCAACUAGUGUGAAGCCUUGCCAUAGGCCAAGCCUGCCGCAGUCCGACAGCAGCUUCUGUUUGAGUUGGAGACUGGCGGUGGAGACCAACACUAUGCGUGGGUGGCGCACGGUGCCAAUUCAGUGCUUUCGCUAUGUCGAAAGUUACAUGAUCGGAGGUCAGUAUGAACGGGACAUUGAUUUUAUCGUUGGCCAAGUUCUUAGCUAUGCGAUUGGAAUAGCUUUAUCUGAUGAUGGCAUGGAUGCUUGGAUUUUGGACGUGGAUGACACUUGCAUAUCUAAUCUUUUCUACUACAAGAGCAAGCGAUACGGGUGCGAUCCUUUUGAUUCAUCUGGGUUCAAGGCAUGGGCAAUGACUGGAGGGUGCCCAGCAGUUCCUGGUAUGCUGGGACUUUUUAGCAAGCUGGUGAAUAGUGGCUUUAAGGUGUUCAUGGUCACAGGAAGAGAUGAAGCGACCCUAGGCCAAAUUACUACCGCAAACUUGCAUGAUCAGGGAUUUGUUGGUUACGAACGGCUAAUUUUGAGGACUCCAGUUUACAAAGGGCAGAGCGCAGUUGUGUACAAAUCAAACGUUCGGAGGCAAUUGGUAGAACAAGGUUACAGAAUUUGGGGAAAUAUAGGAGACCAGUGGACUGAUCUUCAAGGAGAUUGUGUUGGCAACCGCACUUUUAAGCUUCCAAAUCCCAUGUACUUUGUCCCUUAAUGAACUGAAUUACCAAACCCUAAACCCUUAUAUUAUCAGAGUUACUAGUGGAGGUCUUGUUACUUUUACUAUGUAUAUUAUCGGAAAAGUAUAAUUAUAUAAAAUCUAUUUUACGUUGUGCCUUAAAUCAUGAUAUAAUAAGAUUCGCAUAAGAAGAAAAAUACUUUCGAGUA